AAUAUUUUUCAGAAAACAAUGCAGUAUUGUGGUGGAGAAAAAAUUUUAGUUUUGUGUGUCUAAAUCAAAAUAAAUCAAAGAAUUGCAUUAACGUUUUGAUUCAGACAUUUUUGACUACAAAAUCUGAUAUCCAAAAUGGUUCUUCCUGUAUCUGUGUACAAUGCUCUGCUUACACUCUUCGACAUGGUUCUCUUAGGCCUCCAGAUUAUUUACUUCAUAUUGGAGGCAGCAUAUGAGUCCAUCAUACCACGAAAGGAGAAGGAGCUACAAGGCGAGGUUGCUGUUGUGACCGGAGGCGGACAUGGUAUCGGACUGGAGCUAGUUAGACAAUUAUCAGAUCUUGGUGUAAAAGUGGCAGUUUGGGAUAUAAAUGGACAAACUGCAAAUUUAGCAGUUAAAGAAAUAGAAAAGAAAGGAGGUUUGGGGCUUCCACUGACUGUAGAUGUUUCUGAUAGGGAGAGUAUUCGUCGUGCCGUUGAUAAAACAAGAUCUGAACUGGGAGAAGUUACUUUACUCUUUAACAACGCCGGAAUCAUGCCCUGCAAACCUUUCUUAAACCAUAGUGGAGCAGAAAUCCAGAAAAUAUUCGAGGUGAAUGUUUUCUCUCAAUACUGGACGCUCAUGGAGUUCCUGCCCAGGAUGAUAAGUUUGAACCGAGGCCACAUAAUCUCCAUGUCCUCCAUGGCUGGGAUUACAGGUACACCCAACCUUGUACCGUACUGUUCAAGCAAGUUUGCCGUCAAGGGACUUAUGGACGCUCUCUUUUUAGAACUCAGAUCUACACAUCCUGACACCAACGUGAAACUAACAACAAUUCAUCCUUUUGUAGUUGACACUGGUCUCGCACAGAAACCAAGGUCUCGGUUUGAGAGUAUAAUACCGAUAACUGCCCCUGACUCCGCGGCUGCUCAAGUUAUCUCCGCUACUAGACGAGAUUAUGAAUAUGCAUUUAUACCUUCCAUUCUCUGCCCUCUAACAGCUUUAUCCAAACUAUUUCCACGAAAGGCCCAGCUGGCUCUCCUUGAUUUCACCGACUGCAAUUGUGAUGCACAUGAAUAAUAUGGACAUUAGACAAUUGACAUGGGGCACCUGCAGAAUAUCUUUUUUAAUUAUAAACCUUGACGGACAAGUACGAUGUACGAUGUAAAUCUUGUUUAAAAUUUUGUAAAUAACAAGGGGACUGAUUACUCACUACAAUCUAAUUUUUUACUCUCUGUAUCUGUAUUCUGGUGGUUUACUCCUUGGAUAUUUUAACUACUGGAUCUAGCAUAUUUCCUAGUUAGAAAUACGUCCACAGCGUCAAAUUUUAAAGAUUUAAGAAUUAGAAGAUUAAAGUUGGAGCUUAAAAAUCAGUUCCUUAAAGACUUUCAAGAAUGGUUGGGGUUAGCUGGCACAUUCAUCCAGUAUAACCCCUUCCCCUCCACACACACACUUUCCCAACCACCCUGUAAGCUAGUUCAGCUCACAAGAUGUUUUAAUUGACUAACAAUAUGUUGAAAGGUUUUACUAACUUGUUCAUUAAAUAUAAUUUGGACUUGUAAUUUGUUGUAAUUUGUUCAAAAUAUCUAAGAUGACUUUCCUAAUUUGUUCACAAAUGUUGUAUUAAUGUAACGUUCGCAAGUUCUUAAUUAACAAUGAUUAAAGGCAACUUAAAUAAUAUAUAUAUUGGACCUACGCACUACAUUGUGCGGAAAUAUUAAAAAUAUUUUAUUUUUUAAUUAUAGCAUGCGAAAUAAGAGUAAAAAUUGUUCAUAAAACACAAAACAAGAAUUAAAUACUACUGUGUUUUUUAUUUUAAGCAGCAUUUACUAACGCAUUUUUCGAUGAGACCAAAACUGACCAUCGCAAAUGGUUAUUUGUGGCUGAAAAUUAAUACCGGUUAUAUACGUGAUUUUUUAAUUUUUCCAAAAUAUGUUGAUAUGGGUAUCAAAAGAUCCGUCUCGCAAAGCCUAAUUCAACGCAGCAAACGGUUUGUAAAAAUAUUCAAAAACAUGUGAUAUAUUAAAGUGGAAAACAUUUGGAAAAUUACAAGAACUAGGCUAUUUUUCAUUUUUUUUUGUAAAACGGUUUUUUCUGUUGAAUAUGGCUUUAAAAUACGGAUGUUUUGAUGCCCACAUCGACAUAUUUUGAGAAGAAAAAAACACUUAUUAGCUUUUUAUCACAAAAGGGCAUUUGCUAUGGUAAAUUUUGAUUUUAGCGAAAAAUGCCUUUUGUAAAUGUUAAAACUACAUUAGUAUUUACUACUUACAAUUGAUUCCUCUCAGAUUUGUGAAACAUCUUUCCCCCUUAAUGUUAAAUGCUCAUCAAGAUCUAAGAAAUUACGAUGAAGAUAUUAUUAAUAUUAAUACCCGACAAAUUGUCAACUAUAGUAAUUAAUGUAUUAAACAAUGUAUUUUGGUAUUACUGAUUUUAAAUAUAACUUACUUUAGUUUUGUUA